AUGGCACAACCAGCUCACAGGUCAGAUCAAACGACAUACGACGAAGCCCGAAACGGCGCCGCUGCGUAUCUACAGUCAAGACUUGCAGCAAAAGACAAUGCGUCUGAUACGAACUUCAUCAUACCCGUCAUUGACCUGACGCGAUCCUUUUCGGAAUCUCUUGCAGAUCGUCGGGCAGUCGCGGCCCAGAUCCGAGAAGCAUGCACAACCUCUGGGUUCUUCUACAUCACCAAGCACAAUGUGCCCAAGCCAGCUUGCGAUGGAAUAUUGAAGCAAGCGGAACGUUUCGUCCAUUAUCUGCCUCUCGCAAAGAAGGAGGAACUGCAUGUGGAAAAAAGCAAAUUUAGCCUGGGGUGGGAGCCAAGCGAGUAUACUUCCAUCGCUGGCGACAAGGAGAAAAAAGAAAUCUUCAACUUUGCAUACGAAGCAGCAUUGGAUCGUACAGGAGGUGAUGGGGAAUAUCGAGAGCUGGAUGGUUCCGCUGGCGAAAGCAACGUUUGGCCCAAAGAGGAGGAUUUACCGGGAUUCCACGCGGCCAUCAAAGAGUACUAUGGCGCUGUUCUUGAUCUUGCUCGUCAUCUAUUCCGCCUCUUUGCGCUCUCGCUCGAUCUCCCUGACUACUUCGACCCCAUGACCACGCAUCCAGGCGGCAACGCAAGACUCAUAUACUACCCACCUCCGAAAAUUUCCCAACCGGACAGUCUGGCGCCCACUCCAGAAGAGCAGAUCGGUCUAGGAGCGCACUCGGACUACCAAUGUUUCACACUCCUCCUCACCUCCACCACUCCCGGUCUCGAAAUCCUCAAGCCAUCCGGACAAUGGCAUAUCACUUCAUACAUCCCAAACUCACUCAUAGUGAACGUAGCGGAUUUCUUCAUGCGCUGGACGAAUGGGCUAUACAAGAGCACUGUACAUAGGGUUGUCAAUCGCAGUGCCGAGGCGCGGUACAGUGUCCCAUUCUUCUUCUCGGUCAAUUACGACACAGUUAUCGAGACAUUACCGACUUGCUUGAAGGAUGGAGAGGAGAGUAAAUGGAAGCCGAUCAAGGCGGGGGAGUAUAUACUGGAGAGGGUCAAUGCUACGACAGCGUACGGCGCGAUUUAA